CAAACCUUCCAACUGAUUUUGUGACGUACAAGUGUACAAGGUUGGUCGACUUGCAUCUUUCUAAAACGUGUUUCAUGCCUUAUGGAUCCUGAGGUUGAUCGUGUGGUAUAUUGGAACGCGGAUUUGAUUUGCAUUGCUUUAAAUUCAAGUCGUAACCAUGUCUUCAGGCAAAAAAGGGAAAAAGAAGAAGUGCAAAACUGUCGAUUUAAUGUCAUUCCUUGCUGAUGGGGGUGCAACACCCACUGUGCCAGUUAAACCAUUGAGCAGCUGGAUUGAAGAAAUGGAAGAAGAACAUGAUGGAUUCUCAUCAAGAAGUAGCAAAGAACCGGUGAUUCUGCCAACUGCUCCAAGAGCUGCAAGAGGUCCACGUGUUGCAGAUGAAGAUAUCCCUUCUAAUCCACCUUAUGUAGCAUAUCUCUCUAAUCUUCCUUAUGAGGUAGAUGAAGCAUAUUUGACAGAAUUUUUUGCAAACAUGAAGAUUUCUAACAUACGCUUGCCAAAAGAUUCUAAUAAACUCAAAGGAUAUGGAUAUGUUGAAUUUGAAGACCGUCAAAGUUUAAUCGAUGCUCUUUGUUUAUCUAAUACACCCAUGAAAACUAGGAGGGUACGAAUUGAUGUUUCAAAUAGCGUUAAUGAUGAUCGUCGUGGAGGUCGAAUGGGUCGAGAUAAUCGUAGAGACAAUGAUUAUGAUCCUGAACGUACAUCCGGAGAUUGGAGAAGCGGGCCACGAGACGAAAAUCUAACAUCAGAAGGAGAUUCGUACCGGAGUCGGUAUGAUAACAGAGACCGAAGAGAUGAUCGUGAAAGUUCCGACUAUGAUAAUAAGCCUGGUGCUUGGCGUGAAAGUAGUGACAGAACAAGGCCAACAUUCAGAGAUAGAGGUGGUUUCAGAGAUGAAGACAAAGAUAGAGAAUGGUCUCGUUAUGAUAAAGGUAGCAGAGAUCGAGAUGGAGGAGACAGAGGAAGUAGUUUCGGCUCGCGUCGUAAUUAUGGAGAUUCUGAUUGGGAUCGUGAUGGCCAACGCAGGCAAGGAAAACCCCCUACAGAAAAUAAACCUGAAUUGAGGACUAGGCCGAAAUUGCAGCUACAGCCUCGUACGAAGCCUAUUGAGCCUAUUGUUGCAAAAGAAGAACAACAAUCUGCAGCUACACCAGCUUCCUCCACAAAUAUAUUUGGUGCUGCAAGACCUGUAGAUACCACUGCUAGAGAAAGAGAAAUAGAGGAACGUCUUGCGAAGUCGUACGCCGAAUCAAAAUCCAAAGAGGACGGAGAUUCAGAAAAACGCGGUUCUAAAGAUGGUACUUGGGGUAAACGUAAUGGGGAGGGCCGGGAAGAAAGAGAGAGGGGUCGGCAGACUUGGCGAUCCGAAGAUGACAGAAGUCGACGAAAUGAAAGAUCAGCACCACGAAAUCAACCUGCUUAUUCUGAUCAAUAUGGAGAUUCUAAAGGUCAGCCCUCUUCUCGCGGCGGACGACCAUCUUCUAGAGGUCCCCCAAGAUCAAAUGAUACUCGUGGUGGAGACAGAGAUCGACGAGAUAGAGAGAAAGACGAUGUCAGUAGAAUGCCAAAGGCAAAGGAUGAACAAGCUCCAAAUUUCGUAGCUUCCAACAAGUAUUCCAUGCUACCUGAUGAUGUGGAUCCCGACAAUAUUGAUGAUUAGUCAAAACUAUUAUACAUCACCAAUUAAAUUGUGCCACAUGCAUCAUAAUUGGUCUAUAUAUGCAUAUUAUUAAUUUGUUUUGCCUCUAUUAAAUACUUACCGAAUUGAUUCAUGAAUCGAACUCUAAGCUCUUGGUAUUACUUUACAAGAAUUAUUGUUGAUUUGUAUUUAAUCUAUUUUAUUACUCAUAAUAUGAUUACCUAUCUACAUAUGUAUUUACUUUAUAUUUCGAUAUAAAUGUUCAGCAUCAUUAAAUCAGCGUGAAAAUUCGGAUAACUUUAAAGAAUUAUAUUAAUUUUUUAAAUAUUUAAUUCUGAAGAUAAUUACAUCUGUAAGACUUAGGAAUUGGGACUUUAUACACCAUACUUUAUCCACUGUACAGUUAUUGUACAAUAUGUAACUCAUUUAAAUGUAAAAUAAUAAUGCCAAUUUAGGAGGAAAACAAUUAAAAUAAUAAGUGUAAUGGGAACUUA